AUGAAAGCCAUCGUAAUAAACAAAUUUCUAAAAACUGUCGAUGAGCUCGAAGUUGACCUAAAUGCACCCGAGCCUGAGUUGAAAAAAAAUCAAGUUUUGGUUGAGGUUAAAGCAUCCGCUCUUAAUUAUUUUGAUAUUUUACAGGCUGAAUCCUAUGACGUGAAAAAUCAGAAAACCAUGGUUUCAAAACCUCUUAAAAUUAAGAUGAUCCAAGGAAGAUAUCAAGUUAAGCCACCAUUUCCUUUCAUACUCGGUGCUGAAUUUGCAGGUGUAGUUAUUGCUGUUCAUCCUACAGUUAAUAAUAAAUUUAAACCUGGUGAUAAAGUUUUUGGAUAUGGUCAAGGAAGUUUGGCUGAACGCGUUGCCACAGAUAUUGACAACGUUCAUUUGAUACCUGAUGGUAUGAGCUUUGAAGAAGCUUCAGGAUUAUUUAUUACCUGUCCUACAAGUUACACUGCAUUAGUAAUUAGAGCAAAUUUACAAAAGGAUGAAUGGUGUCUUGUUCAUGCUGCAGCAGGAGGCGUUGGUAUAGCUGCUGUUCAAAUUGCAAAGGCUCUUGGUGCCAAAGUAAUUGCUACUAGUGGUUCAGAGAAUAAACUAGCUAUUGCUAAAAAUUAUGGUGCAGAUUUUGGUGUUAAUUAUAAUGAUAAAGAUUGGCAAAAACAAGUAUUAAAAAUUACGGGUGGACAUGGCGUAGACGUUGUUUAUGACCCUGUCGGAUUAGUUCAAGCAUCUCUUAAAUUUAUAGCAUGGAGUGGUCGUAUACUCGUGAUUGGAUUCGCUGGUGAAAAUCUUGAGAAGGUGCCCACGAACUUGGUUUUGCUUAAAAACGUUUCAAUUAUUGGUGUGUUUUAUGGAACAUAUAAAACACGUGAUCCUGAACGUGUUGUAGAAGUUUGGAAUGGAUUAUUUAAGUUAUUUGCAGAAAAGAAAUUGAAAUCUGUCGUUUAUAAAAACGUUUAUCAUGGAUUACAUAACGUUAAAUAUGGAUUAAAAGCUAUUGCAAAUAGAGAGACUUAUGGUAAAGUUGUUGUUACAGCUAAUGGAGGAAAAGAAAGCAAAAUUUGA